CGAUUCACUGAGCCGACUCGGAGUAGUGAUAGUAGUUUGCUACUGGUGUCGUGAUGUGUUCUUCUAGCUGUUUGUGAUGAUCAAUUGCUCUACAUUGGACUGAAGAAGAAGGUAGUUUUGAUAAAUGACUGGUUCUCAGCGACAAUGCCCGGAGCUCCGGUGAGUAAUUCUGUUUCUACCGCGAUCAAGCACACUCGACGGUGAAGAUGUUUAAGUCAGCGAGAUGGCGGAGCGAGAAGAGCAACAAAAUCAAAAUCGUUUUCAAGUUGCAGUUUCAUGCGACUCAGGUGACACAGUUGAAGGCGGAGGGAUUAACGAUCUCUGUAGUUCCCGGAGAUGUUGGGAAAUCGACGGGGAAGGCAGAGAAGGCUAUGGUGCUUGACGGACAUUGUCGGUGGGAAUCUCCGGUGUACGAGACCGUGAAGUUUAUUCAAGAUGUGAAGACAGGGAAAGUUAAUCAGAGAAUUUAUCAUCUGAUUAUGUCAACUACGGGAUCUACAAAAUCUGGUGUUGUGGGAGAGACUUCGAUUGAUUUUGCUGAUUAUGUUGAUGCAAUUAAGACUUGCAAUGUUUCUCUUCCUCUCCAGAAUUCAAAUUCAAAAGCAAUGUUGCACGUAUCAAUACAAAGGCAGCUAGAAAAUGCAGAUCCACUAAGAGUGGUGAAAGAAAGUGAUAGCUUGGUGAAAAGGUCACGCGGUCAAGAUUUGAAAUCCCAUUUGAGCAUUGAAGCAGAUGAAAACCAUAAAAGUGAUUCACAAGAGGAAGGUCCAUUUGGUAAAGUUUCCCGAAUUGCUGAAUUGAGGCGUCGAGCAUCGAUUGAAUCUAAUAGUACAUUGUCAAGUUUUGACAGUGUUUCUGAAUUGGAUACACUGGGAGAAGUUGGAAGCAGAGGAGAUCACAUUCAGCAAAACCACUCAACUAUGCAUCACCAUUCGGUUACAAAUGUAUAUGAAGAGCCUCAUAUAUCAGAAUCCGAGUGGUCAGGAAGUUCUGAUCAAGGAAUCAGCACUGAUGACUCCAUGAAUAGUUCAAAUGAUACCAUCCCGAGAGACACAACGAAGACUUCCUCGGGUGACGAGGUAGAUAAGCUUAAAGCCGAGCUCGUUGCUUUGGCAAGGCGAACAGAUCUUUCAGAACUAGAGCUACAAAGCCUGCGGAAACAAAUUGUUAAAGAGACCAAAAGAAGUCAGGAUCUCCUGAGGGAAGUAACUAGCCUGAAGCAGGAGAGGGAUUUGCUGAAAGCAGAUAAUGAGAGUCUUAAAGCAUCUGACAAGCGAAAGGAAGAGGCAAAAAUUAGGAACAAGUUGCAGCUUGAAGGAAGAGAUCCACACGUUCUUUUAGAAGAAACCCGAGAAGAACUGGAUUAUGAGAAGGAUCUGCAUUCUAAUCUACGGAUACAGCUUCAAAAGACACAAGAAUCAAACACUGAGUUGAUCCUUGCUGUGCAAGAUCUAGAAGCAAUGGUGGGGCAAAGAAGUAAGAAAACAGUUGAUCUUCCUAGACCAAGAACCUGCGAGAGGAACAUCGAAGAAUCAAGGAGAAUGUCCUGCCCAAGUGAGACAGAUGAUGAUGAGGAUCAAAAGGCACUAGAUGAGCUUGUGAAGGGACACAUGGAUGCAAAAGAAGCACAUGUCCUGGAGCGAAGGAUCACUGACCUCUACAAUGAGAUAGAGAUCUAUAAACGUGACAAAGAGGAUCUUGAGAUACAGGUGGAGCAGCUUUCUCUGGAUUAUGAGAUACUUAAGCAGGAAAAUCACGAUAUCUCAUAUAAGCUAGAGCAAAGCCAAGUCCAAGAACAGUUGAAGAUGCAAUAUGAAUGUUCAUCUUCUCUUGUAAACGUGAAUGAGCUUGAAAAUCAUGUAGAGAGCCUAGAAGCUAAGCUCAAAAAGCAGUACGAGGAGUUCUCUGAGUCUCUGUACCGCAUUAAAGAACUUGAAACACAGAUCGAGGAAAUGGAAGAAGAAUUAGAUAAACAAGCUCAGAUCUUUGAGGGAGAUAUUGAAGCUGUCACACGUGCUAAAGUGGAGCAAGAGCAAAGAGCUAUCGAAGCCGAAGAAGCCCUGAGGAAGACGAGGUGGAAAAAUGCGAGUGUAGCCAGCAAAAUACAGGACGAGUUCAAGAGAAUCUCCGAGCAGAUGUCUUCUACGUUAGCAGCAAAUGAGAAGGUCACUAUGAAAGCAAUUACCGAAACCCGCGAACUGCGCAUGCAGAAGCGUCAGCUAGAAGAACUUCUCAUGAACGCUAACGAUGAACUCCGAGCAAAUAGGGUAGAGUACGAAGCAAAGCUCAACGAGCUCUCGGCAAAGACAGAUCUUCAAACGAAGGAGAUGGAAAGAAUGUUAGCGGAUCUAGAGAAUCAAAAGAGGCAUAAAGAAGAUCUGAAUGCAGAUUUAACACAGGAGAUCACAACGCUGAAGGAUGAGAUUGAAAUCUUGAGACUUGAAUUGGAAGAGACGAGAAAAUCAAGUAUGGAAACCAAGGCAUCUUUGUCAGAGGAGUUGCGGCGAAUCAAAGAUGAAAAAGAAGCAGUCAUUACCAUUUUAAAAUCACAAAUAGAGACCGCUAUAGCGCAAUGUGAUAAUCUAAAGCAUUCUGUAUUCAACAAUGAAUCAGAGAUCGAUAAUCACAUAAAACAAGUUGUACAAGUGAGAAGCGAGCUGAAGAAGAAAGAAGAAGAGAUGACAAAGCUAACGAACAGAGAAGCGGCAUCUGACAACAUAACAAAAACCGAGCAAAGAAGCAACAAAGAUAGAAUAAAACAGCUUGAGGAACAGAUCAAACUAAAGGAAAAUGCUUUGGAAGCAUCUUCAAAGAUGUUCAUUGAAAAGGAAAAGGAUUUGAAGAACAGAAUUGAAGAGUUGCAGACUAAACUCAACGAACUAAGUCAAAAUAGCCAAGAGACUGGUGAAACUCUGCAAGGUCCAGAAGCGAUUGCUAUGCAUAACAGAGAAGUAUUGCGAUUGAACAAGAGUGACAAUCUUCGAGAUUUGGUAAAUCAAGUAGCGUUGCUAAGAGAGCAAAAUGGAUUGAUGGAGAUGGAAUUGAAGGAGAUGCAAGAGAGGUAUUCAGAAAUAAGUCUAAGAUUUGCAGAAGUUGAAGGUGAGAGACAACAACUUGUUAUGACUGUACGUUAUCUUAAAAAUGCCAAGAAGAGGUAAAACCGAUAUUCUCAGAAGAAUCAAAUGGUGCAGUAUUG